AUGCAAUUGCCGUGGCAGGGGAGACAGGGCUCGGGCAAUGAGACUCUGCUCCCGACAUCCAGCGUCCCAACCAUUGCAGGCACCUCGGACGAACCCUCUGAAGCCGGUGGGCGCCCAGCAAGACCUCGACAUGCUCGCACGUCAUCAUCGCAUGCCAAGGGAGUGGCCGAUGAAUUUUCAUACAUGACGCCGAGCGAAGCGGCGGCGCGGCUACGAACCUCCUUAGCCUAUGGUCUCUUGCCAACGGAGGCGCUGACGCGACUCGGCGAUUACGGUCCGAAUGAGAUACCACACGAUCCACCGGAGCCGUUGUGGCUCCGAUUCAUCAAGCAAUUCCAGGAACCCCUCAUUGUGCUUCUCCUGGUCUCCGCGGGGACGUCCAUGCUGCUGGGCAACAUGGACGACGCAGUCAGCAUCACCGUGGCCGUCUCCAUCGUCGUGACCGUUGGUUUCGUCCAAGAAUACCGAUCUGAGAAGUCAAUUGAGGCCUUGAACCAUUUGGUACCAAACCACGCCCACCUGGUACGUGGAGGGUCGAACAGGUCUCCUAGUUUGUCCAAGUCUCCGUCUUGGCCCCCUGGCACCACGGAAUCCAACCCAGACCUUGGCGGCAGCCCGGGGACCAAUACUCCGGUGGAGGAUGUACUGGAUGCAACCUCGAUCAAGGUCAUGGCCGGCCAGCUGGUGCCAGGUGAUUUGGUCCUCUUUACCACAGGCGACCGCAUUCCGGCAGACAUUCGUGUUACCAAGGCCGCGGAUCUAACCAUCGACGCAUCGAACCUCACUGGCGAAACGGACCCGGUUGUCAUUACCACCGAGGCCCGACCACGAAGUAUCAAUGCACUCGGCAUCAGCCACCUGCGCCUUCCACGGCCGUCCUCUCUGAUGCCCGGGGACAGCCAUGAACACGACGGGGGCAACGAAACGGCCAAUAUUGCCUACAUGGGAACCCUGGUCAAGUCUGGCCACGGCCAAGGUGUUGUGUUUGCCACCGGAGGCAACACGCACUUUGGCACGAUAGCGUCGAGCGUUUCUGGUACGGAAAGUCCGCGGUCACCACUUCAGCUAUCCAUGGAUCUUCUUGGCUCCCAGCUUAGCAAGGCCUCGUUUGCUGUAAUUGGUCUUAUUUCCAUCGUGGGUUGGCUACAGGGCAAAGGGUUACUCGAGAUAUUUACAAUCUCCAUUUCCCUAGCCGUCGCGGCCAUUCCCGAGGGCCUGCCCAUCAUCGUCACCGUCACCCUGGCCCUCGGGGUGCAUCGCAUGGCCCGACAUAACGCCAUCGUUCGAAAAAUGCCCAAGGUCGAGACCCUUGGUUCCGUCAAUGUGGUCUGCACCGACAAAACAGGCACUCUUACGACGAAUCACAUGACAACGUCCGAGCUGUGGUAUUUCGGAUUGGCAGGCUCCGUUGAUAUCGCCUCAGACACCGAGUCCAUCGAAACGAAGCUCAGCCAAGCGUCGAUGCGGAUUUUGCGCAUCGGCAACAUUGCCAACAAUGCUCGGCUGGCGCAAAAGUACACGGAAAAUGGUGCUGCCGCCACGGCGGUUUUGUCCUCCACCUUGGGCCGUGACGAUGCGGCACCCUUCACCAGAUGGAUUGGCCAACCAACGGAUGUGGCAAUGCUGGACUUGCUCGACAGGUUCAAAGAGCACGACGUGCGAGGAUCUCUAGGUCCUCGAGUUGCGGAAACCCCAUUCAGUUCCGAACGCAAAUGGAUGGGCGUUACCAUUGGGUCGGACAACAAAGGAGAGAAAGAAUAUGCAUACAUGAAGGGCUCUACGGAAGCGGUUCUGGCCGCGUGCGACACCUACCUGGAUAAAGAGGGCCGAGAGAUUGUGCUCGACAGCGCUCGACGACGAGAUGCCCUCGAGGCAGCCGAACUCAUGGCCUCCAAGGGCCUCCGGGUAAUUGCAUUCGCCAGUGGAUCCGUCGCAAGGCCUCCAAAAGGCCUAUCGACGCCAGGAACCGUAGGAGCGAGCACUCCCGGUCAGGAAAACGAUUCCACCACACGAGCACCCGAAGGCAUAUACCGGGAUCUGACCUUUGCCGGCCUCGUGGGGAUGAGCGAUCCGCCACGGCCUGGAGUUGGGCGCUCCAUUAGGAGGUUGAUGAGGGGCGGUGUUAAGGUGAUCAUGAUCACCGGCGACGCUGAGACGACGGCCCUUGCUAUUGGCAAGCAACUAGGGAUGAACAUUGCCGUGCCGAGCACCCACUCAUCAAGUCAGUCGACGGUGAAAGCCGUCCUGAGAGGAGAUGAAGUCGACCAGAUGUCGGAGGAAGAUCUUGCCCACGCGAUGCAGCACACGACCAUUUUUGCGCGAACGAAUCCCGAGCACAAGCUUAAAAUCAUCCGUGCGCUGCAGUCUCGUGGAGACAUUGUUGCCAUGACGGGUGACGGCGUCAAUGACGCCCCUGCGUUGAAGAAGGCCGAUAUUGGUAUUUCAAUGGGUCGCCAUGGAACCGACGUCGCGAAGGAAGCGGCCGACAUGAUAUUGACAGACGAUGACUUCUCCACCAUACUGCGCGCCAUUGAGGAGGGCAAGGGCAUUUUCAACAACAUCCAAAACUUUUUGACAUUCCAGCUCAGCACGAGUGCCGCUGGCUUGUCCCUCGUCUUUCUUUGUACCUGUUUCGGCUUCAAAACUCCUCUCAACGCAAUGCAGAUUCUCUGGAUUAACAUCAUCAUGGACGGCCCUCCUGCGCAGUCUCUUGGUGUGGAAACAGUCGACCCGGAUGUGAUGACGCGGCCACCGCGGAACCGGGGCGACCCCGUGCUCACCAGAGCUGUCCUCACGCGGGUUUUGACAUCAGCCUCGAUCAUCAUGGUCGGAACCAUGAUCAUAUACCGCAAAGAGAUGCUUGCUGAUGGCCAAGUAACCCGUCGUGACACGACCAUGACGUUCACCUGCUUUGUUUUCUUCGACAUGUUCAACGCGCUCAGUUGUCGAUCCGAAUCAAAGUCAGUCAUCCGCGGGGAAGUGGGACUGUUUGCCAACAACCUCUUCAACUGGGCCGUGUCGCUCAGCAUACUGUGCCAGCUGCUGGUCAUCUAUCUCCCAUGGCUGCAGGAAGUGUUCCAGACCGAAGCUCUUGGGUUUGGCGAUUUGACAGUGGAGAGGGCCAAAGACCCUCCACCCCUACUCCGUGGACCUACCGGGGAUGGAGCUAAAAUCUCCCGUCAAGUGCUGCAGGUGUACGUCUCCUCUCCCCGUUCUCCAGUGACCUCCAAGCUCCCUUUUCGUCGACACAGCAGCAGCACCGGCACAGCUCAAUCCGCCCAGACGAACAAGCUGGGCAGCUAUGCGCCUCCCAGCCCAAUCUCGCCUGCGUCAAUGUCGAACCUUGCCAACGGCGUCCCCAGUCGUUCCAACCACGACGAUGCCAGCCUGACCCCUCCCGCCCCAGCGGUGCCGACCGUCAAGGAUGCGAGCAGCGUGGCCGACAUGCGCGCCGCGUUGUCCACACUUCACGGGCGAGAAUCUGCCAUCUCGGCUCAGCUUGAUGCGUUGGUGGCCUCGCAUGCCGAUCUCUCCCGCGACCUCGGUCGACUAGACCUGCUGCGGGCAGGGUUGGGCGCGCAGGUCAUCGCCGCGAGGUCGAUCGGCAACGAGAUGCUCUCGUCGGCGGCCGACACGGCUGGACAUCUGAGCAACAGAGUCAAGGAGCUGGAUUUGGAGAAAAGCAGGGUAGAGGAUACGCUCGGCGUCGUGGAGCAGGUCGCGGAGCUCAAGGCGUGCGUCAACGGCGUCGUCGGCUCCAUGGGCGCCCCUCAAGACUGGGAGGCGGCGGCUGGCUACCUGUCACGAGCGAGCAAGGUGCCCGAGGAAAUUGCAAAGGGCGCUUUCGCCGCAAGUGUCGUGCCUAGUGUUGAGGUGCCCGACCCGCCGUGGGUGACGCUGGAAGGGGCGCGGGAAAGUUUAUGCGGCCUCUUCCUGCGCGGCUUCGAGAGAGCCGCGGGCGAUGGAGACGGCGCCAAGGUGACGCGCUUCUUCAAAUUGUUCCCCCUCAUCGGGCGCGCCGACGUGGGACUCGACGUGUACGGGAAAUAUGUCUGCCAGGGCGUCGCCGGCACCGCUCGAGCGACGUUGAAGGACAGCCUAGGAGGCCAGAGCCGAAAGGAGGGAUUCUUCUACGCCAACGCCAUAACCAAGCUUUUCGAGCACAUUGCGCAAAUUGUCGAGGGCCACGGAGCCCUGGUGGAACGGCAUUACGGAAGUGGGAAGAUGGUCCGAGUCAUCGAGAGGCUGCAGAUGGAGGCCGACGUCCAGGGCGGCAUCAUCCUCGACACCUGGAGCGACGAGCGGGGCGUCGACAGGAAGCUUACCGAUGUUAAGAGCUACCCCUUUUCAUUUCUGGUUCAGAGUUUCCUGCCGCAGCCUCCACGAGUUGGCACGCCACGCAUCAAGUCUCCCGCAGCAGGGUCGGGAAACAACGGUCGCGAGAGCGAGGACGAGGGCGUCAACAUGAAAGAAGUCGACGGUCUUCUCAGUGAAAUAUCCGUCAUGCUCGGACGAUGGUCUUUGUACACCCGCUUCCUCUCGGGGAAAUGCAAGGACGCGACCGAGGCGGACAGCUCUCUCGUCAUGCCCAACUUGCUGGUGAAGUCGAACCUCUACCGCAAGGUUUCGGUCAAGCUGACGACACCCUACAACGUCAUGACAACCUUUUUCUUCCGCCGCUCAGUAGAGAAGGCGUUUCAGUUGGACGAGUAUCCGAGCGGUCUUUCGCUCAACCUGAGCAAGCCCGUCGAGGGCCACGCCCCGUACAUCAUUCUAGCCGUGGACGAUGUCAUGUACAUUGUCAACAAUGUCGUACAAAGGUCCAUCUCCACAUCUCAACGCGACGUCAUCGCAUCCGUCAUCCCCACCGUCGGUCGAGUGCUGGGCUCCGACUUCAUCGGCAUGAUCCAGCGCAAGAUGCGUGACGAGUCGUACCCCAAGGCCAUCCUGCAGGGGGGGUUUCCGCCCGAGGAAAAGGUCACCCAGUUCAUCGUGCUGAUCAACAGCCUUGACAUGGCAAACGAGUACCUGAGCAGGAUUAUCAACGGCCUGAUCACCGUCACCGAUGGCCUGCCGGCGAGCGUAACCUUGCGGAGCCAGCUCAAGGACUCGUUUCCAUUCGACCGCGAUCUCGCCUUCGUGGCCAAUGCCCUCCGUACGCUGGAGACGAGCUUCAUCGCCAAGUCGUCCGAAUUGCUCAACGAGGGCAUCCAACACCUCUUCAAUCAAGUUGUCAAGCUGCGUCUGCGGCCCGUGCUGAGCGAGACCUUCCGCGACGCCGACUACACGCUGACGGAGGAAGAUCUGGCCGAGAUUGCGCACCACAACGACGAAGCCGAGGAAGACGUCAUGGACCAGGUACCUCGGCGUUUCGAGCACGGGUGGGACCAACUGAUGAAGGCGAUUGCGCGCCUCAUGACGGCGAGCACAUACAGCAGCCUCCUGGACCUGACAGCACGCUACCUGUCCAUCGUGCUGGAGAAGAGAGUGCUGAGCUAUGGCGGAAGAACGACGGCGUUCGGCGCGAUCCGCAUCGAGAGGGAUUUCACCGCCAUAGUGAACACGGUCUCCCAGGGUGGCUAUCGGGUCAAGGAGGCAUUUGCCAAGGUGACGCAGCUGCUCAUGGUCGCCAACAUGGACGACGAGGAAUGGGAGGAGUUGAACGCCGGGGAUGGCGAUGGCGGCAUGGAAUGGGUGCUGACGGAGGAGGAGAGGAAGAAGGCGAGAGGUCUUGUGCGAAUAUGA